AUGGAAGCUGUGCUUGGAUUGAUGAUUAUUCUACUGGGAGUUGCUCAGGGUGUGGAAACUUACUGUGAUGGCAGACAGGAUGGAGCUCAUUGUUAUGGAGCUUUGGGAGGAACUGUGGACAUCCAGCUGAUGGACAGCACCUCAGAAAUACCUAGAUACCAAUUGUUAAAGGAUUCAUUAAAAAUAUUGGAUGUAAAACACAAUAAGAGUUUUCAUGAUACCACAGAGAACAAAUUUCUAUUUUUUCCUAGUAAUGGAACAUUUAGGAUCAGUAGCCUAAACAGGAAUGACCAUGGUAAAUAUACCCUUCAAACCUUUGAUUCAGAUGGAAGAACAUCAGAUGAGCGGACGUUCAAGUUGGUCUUUCAAGCUCCUGUGUCCUCUGUCCUGCUGGUCUCUGAGUGUCUGUCCCAGGGAGAGAUGAGGGUGUCCUGCUCCUCUGAGGGAGGGGACAGUCCUCAGUACAGCUGGACUCUGGAUGGACGCACACUGACAGAUGCUGAGCUCCUUUCUGGAAAUAAUAAGAGUAACAUCAUCACUCUGAAACAGCACGUCUCAGGACAUCUGGUCUGCUCAGUGAAAAAUCAUGUCAAUAGUGUCUCCAAAGAACAAAGGAUAUGCACUUGUGGAUUCACAUUCAUUAACGGCACUUUAUCUGAUGGGACACACAUUGCAAAGUGGGUGCUUGCAACCAAAAAUACCCUGUGUAUUAAACCAACAAUGGGCCCUAUAACAAUCUCUGACACUGCUCUAGGUAAGGAAUCAAUCCUCUACACAUUCACCAUUGGAGGUUUCACAAGCAACAAGCUGAGUAAUGAGAAACCUAAGCCAACUCCAACCUUUCUUGCACAGCCUAGCACACCUGACAACAAUGGUGUGGGGGGUCUGGGUGGAGGCACAGGAGAGACACAUAGCUACUCUCAGCUCAUGCUUGAAGAUGACAACAUGGAAGCUGCAGUUGGACUGUUGCUGGUGUUGCUUAGAGUCUCUCAUGGUGUGGAAACUUACUGUGAUGGCAGACGGGACGGAGCUCAGUGUUAUGGACCUUUGGGAGGAACUGUGGACAUCCAGCUGAUGGACAGCACCUCAGAAAUAUAUAGAUACUACUUGGUGAAGAACUCAAUAAAAAUAUUAGAUGUGAGAAAUAAUACGGUUAUUUCUAAUACCAUAAGAGAGAGAGUUCUUUUUCCCAGUAGAGGAACAUUUAGGAUCAAUAACCUGAGCAGCACAGACAGUGGUAAAUAUACCCUGGAAACCUUGGAUUCAGAUGGAAGAUCAUCAGGCGGGUGGACUUUACAGUUGUUCAUUCAAGCUCCUGUGUCCUCUGUCCUGCUGGACUCUAAGUGUCUGUCCCAGGGAGAGAGGAGGGUGUCCUGCUCCUCUGAGGGAGGGGACAGCCCUCAGUACAGCUGGACUCUGGAUGGACGCACACUGACAGAUGCUGAGCUCCUUUCUAGAAAUAAUGAGAGUAACAUCAUCACUCUGAAACAGCACGUCUCAGGACGUCUGGUCUGCUCAGUAAGGAACAACGUCAGUAAUGUCUCCAAAGAGGAGAGAAUAUCUACCUGUGGCUUUAUUUUCAUUAACUGUACUUCAGUCAAUGGGACACAGAUAUCACGGUGGGUGUAUAAAGCUAAUAACACCCUGUGUACUCCACCAAAACAGACUUCUGUGGGUAAGGAUUAUGGAACUACCAUCAGUGAUGAGCCAUGGUACAUUAGAAAUUUGCCACUGAUAGGUGGUGUUCUCUCAGUGCUGGUAAUUUUCUUGGUUGUUGAUGUAGCAGUCAUAUGUGCUCGGAGGAAAAAGCAAAACAGCAAACCUACAAAAAAGGAGGAAGAAGAUGACCAGGAAGUCUUUGCUGAUGUCAAGUUUGUCAAAAGGCAGGCAAACCAAGCUGAGAAAAAAGCGGCUGUGGAGUACGGCCAAGUCAAGUCUGCAAAGCGACCUCGGAGGCCUGAACCAACAGGAACUGAUUGUGUGGAAACUUACUGUGAUGGCAGACGGGAUGGAGCUCAGUGUUAUGGAGCUUUGGGAGGAAGUGUGGACAUCCAGCUGAUGGACAACACUUCAGAUAUUAAUAGAUACCAAUUAUUAAAGAGUUCAUUAAAAAUAUUAGAUGUGAGAAAUAAUACGGUUAUUUCUAAUACCAUAAGAGAGAGAGCUCAUUUUCCAAGUAAUGGAACAUUUAGAAUCAAUAAACUGAACAGGACAGACAGUGGUAAUUAUAGCCUUCAAACCUUUGAUUCAGAUGGAAAAUCAUCAGGCGAGCGGAUUUUACAGUUGUUUAUUCAAGCUCCUGUGUCCUCUGUCCUGCUGGUCUCAGAGUGUCUGUCCCAGGGAGAGAUGAGGGUGUCCUGCUCCUCUGAGGGAGGGGACAGUCCUCAGUACAGCUGGACUCUGGAUGGACGCACACUGACAGAUGCUGAGCUCCUUUCUGGAAAUAAUGAGACUAACAACAUCACUCUGAAACAGCACGUCUCAGGACGUCUGGUCUGCUCAGUCAGGAACAACGUCAGUAAUGUCUCCAAAGAGGAGAGAAUAUCUACCUGUGGUGUGGAAACUCACUGUGAUGGCAGACAGGAUGGAGCUCAGUGUUUUGGAGUUUUGGGAGGAAGUGUAGACAUACAGCUGAUGAAUGGAACCUCAGAAAUACAUAAAUACAAAUAUUUAAAGAAUUCAUUAGUACUACUAUAUGUGUCAGACAAACAAGUUCUGUCUAAUACCAUAGGACACAGAUCUCUCAUUUUCCACAUUAAUGGAACAUUUAGGAUCAAUAACUUGAGCAGCAAUGACAGUGGUAAUUAUACCCUUCAAACCUUUGAUUCAGAUGCAAGAUCAACAGGCAAGCGGACUUUACAGUUGUUUAUUCAAGCUCCUGUGUCCUCUGUCCUGCUGCUCUCUGAGUGUCUGUCCCAGGGAGAGAGGAGUGUGUCCUGUUCCUCUGAGGGAGGGGACAGUCCUCAGUACAGCUGGACUCUGGAUGGACGCACACUGACAGAUGCUGAGCUCCUUUCUGGAAAUAAUGAGACUAACAUCAUCACUCUGAAACAGCACGUCUCAGGACAUCUGGUCUGCUCAGUCAGGAACAGCAUCAGUAAUGUCUCCAAAGAGGAGAGGAUAUCUACCUGUGGUGAGUGAGAUCAUUGUGAUGGCAGGCAGGAUGGAGUUCAGUGUUAUGGAGCUUUGGGAGGAACUGUGGACAUCCAGCUGAUGGACAACACCUCAGAAAUGUCGAGAUUCCAGUUGUUAAAGAAUUCAUUAAAAAUACUACAUGUGAGAAAUAAUGAGGUGAUUCCUAAUAUCACAGAAAGGAGCUCUGCCUUAAAUUCCAGUUAUAGAACAUUUAGGAUCAAUAACCUGAGAAGGAAUGACAGUGGUAAUUAUACACUUCAAACCUUUGAUUCAGAUGGAAGAAUAUCAGACGUGUGGACUUUACAAUUGUUUAUUCAAGCUCCUGUGUCCUCUGUCCUGCUGCUCUCUGAGUGUCUGUCCCAGGGAGAGAUGAGGGUGUCCUGCUCCUCUGAGGGAGGGGACAGUCCUCAGUACAGCUGGACUCUGGAUGGAUGCACACUGACAGAUGCUGAGCUCCUUUCUGGAAAUAAUGAGACUAACAACAUCACUCUGAAACAGCACGUCUCAGGACGUCUGGUCUGCUCAGUCAGGAACAACGUCAGUGAUGUCUCCAAAGAAAAGAGGAUAUCUACCUGUGUGGAAACUCACUGUGAUGGCAGACAGGAUGGAGCUCAGUGUUAUGGAGCUUUGGGAGGAACUGUGGACAUCCAGCUGAUGGACAGCACCUCAAAAAUACCUAGAUACAAACUGUUAAAGAAUUCAUCAGUAAUACUAUCUUUUACAAAUGAUAAGGUUGUUUCUAAUACCAUAUCACAUAGAUCUAGCUUUUUUCCCAGUAAUGGAACAUUUAGGAUCAAUAACCUGAGUAGGAAUGACAGUGGUAAUUAUACCCUUGAAACCUUUGAUUCAAAUGGAGCAUCAUCAGGCGUGCGGACUUUACAGUUGUUUAUUCAAGCUCCUGUGUCCUCUGUCCUGCUGGUCUCUCAGUGUCUGUCCCAGAGAGAGAUGAGGGUCUCCUGCUCCUCUGAGGAAGGGGACAGUCCUCAGUACAGCUGGACUCUGGAUGGACGCACACUGACAGAUGCUGAGCUCUUUUCUGAAAAUAAUGAGACUAACAUCAUCACUCUGAAACAGCACGUGUCAGGACGUCUGGUCUGCUCAGUCAAGAACAACAUCAGUAAUGUCUCCAAAGAACAGAAGACCUGUCGCUUCAUUAACUGCACCUCAAUCAAUGAGACACAGAUAUUAGGGUGGGUGCCUGUGGACAGUAACAGCCUGUGUAUUGAACCAACAACAGAAUCUACCCCAGUCACACCAACUUCUGUGGGUAAGGAGACUGGCACAGUGUCAAUUACACAAUUCAACAAUGAAACUGUGACUUCCUACAGUGAUGACCAAUGGUACAUUACCCAUUUGCCACUGAUCGGUGGUGUUCUCUCAGCACUGGUAUUUUUCUUACUUGUGGGUGUGGCAGUCAUCUGUGCUCAGAGGAAAAAACAAAACAACAAACCUACAAAACCAAAAGGUUUGAAGAACUGCCGUUAUCCAUUCAAAUAA